AUGGUAUGUCCCCUACCAGGUUGUGGCGGCGGCGGCCGCCCAGGCGGACUGGGUCAAGGGGAUGGUCACUUCCAAGGCCAAGGGCCUCCGGAACCUGUGGUUUUGCUAGGAGACUUCGUGCAUUCCUGUGAAGAGAACAUCUUGUGCACAUGUGUCCCCGAUGAAAACCAGGUGCCUUACUUCAAUGCUCCCAUGUAUUUAGAAAAAGAACAAAUUGGCAAAGUAGAUGCAAUAUUCGGACAACUUAGAGAUUUUUAUUUUUCAGUUAAAUGUCAGAAAGCAGAAGGCUUAUAGAAGUUUUAUAUUGACCCAUAUAAACUGUUUUAUAUUGACCCAUAUAAACUGCUGCCACUAAAAAGGUUUUCACCUCGACCUCCAGGUGAGAAAAGACCUCCAAGAGGCGGUGCCCUGGGAGGCCCAGGAGGAGGAAGUGUAGGAGGAGGAAGAGGAGGUGCUAGAGGCCGUAGUUCUAGAGGCAGAAGAGGAGGAGGAGGAGGCUUCCGAGGAGGAAGCGGGGGGAGGGGUUGCAGAGAGAGAGGACAUUGGAUGUAA